GAGGGCCCAGCACCCUCCUUGGAAACCCAUAAUCCUCUCUUACACCAGGCGUCCUUGACCUCCCACGUUGAUGUGGGGUGUGUUGUGUUUCAAAGUGCUAAGAAAGAUGCAGCGACGGCACAGUAGCAUCACCGACAGCCUUCCACCUGAAAGAAGCCGGAGCCAAGCCAUCACCUCGGACACCAGCGUGGACCAAGGGGGAGUUUUCGAAAGCCUGAAGACAGAAGCCCCCUCCCCUCCACCGCUCUUCUCAGGGCUGGGGGGAAUCCCAUCAGGCAGUAUCUCGGCCACCCCUUUCCAGUCCAGUUUGCUCCUCGGGUCCUCAGCCGGAGGGGGCGAGGUCUUCAUCCAGAUGCCCGCCCCUCGGGAGGAGGGGCCAAGCCGGACAGAGGCGGGGCUCUAUCACUACCGGCAACCGCAUCAUUACCAUCACAGCCACCCGCGGGGGUCCUCCCUGCUGCAUAUGAGUGGCACUGACCGCCACGGGCAUCCAGAAGAGACCCCCGAUGACCAGCCUGGCACCCCGGCCCCGGCUCUUCCCGAGUUGAAGGUGGUCAUCUCCUGGCUACAAGACGGCCUGCCGUUCAUCGUCAUCCUGCUGGCUAAACUUUGUUUCCAGCACAAAGUGGGAAUUGCCCUCUGCCUGGGCAUGGCCAGCACAUUUGCCUAUGCAAAUUCAGCCCUUCGAGAACAAGUCUCUUUAAAGGAAAAGAGAUCCGUUUUCGUGAUUUUCUGGAUCUUGGUCUUCCUGGCAGGAAACACCCUGUAUUUGCUCUACACCUUCAACUCCCAACAGCUGUAUAACAGCCUCAUUUUCCUGAAGCCCAAUCUGGAGAAGCUGGAUUUCUUUGACCUGAUGUGGAUGGUGGGCAUCACAGAUUUUGUCCUGAAGUAUCUCACCAUCGGUCUGAAGUGCCUGGUGGUGGCCCUGCCCAAAAUCAUCCUUGCGGUUAAAUCGAAGGGGAAGUUCUACCUGGUCAUUGAAGAAAUAAGCCAGUUGUUCCGUUCCCUGGUCCCCAUCCAGCUGUGGUAUAAGUACAUCAUGGGGGAUGAUCCAUCCAGCAGCUAUUUCCUUGGGGGAAGUCUCAUCAUCAUGUACAGCCUCUGCAAAUCUUUUGACAUCUGCGGCCGUGUGGGAAGUGUGACCCGGGCAGUCAGAGUCCUCUGUGCUCCACAGAGCUACGGGGUCCGUGCGACCAACCAGCAGUGCAGCGAGGCGGGAGACAUCUGUGCCAUCUGCCAGGCUGAAUUCAGAGACGCGGUGAUGCUCUUAUGCCAGCACGUUUUCUGUGAAGAGUGCCUCUGCCUUUGGUUUGACCGGGAGAAGACCUGUCCACUCUGCCGUUCUCUCGCUGUGGAAACCCUGCGGUGUUGGAAGGACGGUACCACUUCUGCUCAUUUCCAGGUGUAUUGACUUGCGGGAUACCCCAAGAAAU